UUUUUUUUUUUUUUUGGUUCGCUUCCUUUCUCUUUUUCCUCGCUCCGUGCGGUUUUUUUUUUUUUUUUUUUUAGUUUGCGCUUGUUCGUGUUCACGUGUGUGUGUGUGUUCUCGUAGUGUGUGCGUGUGUGUGUGUGUGUUCGCUGCUUGAUUUGACUUGCGAUGAGCGGAGAGCGAUCUUCACUCAUUGGCUACCAAGAGCAGUCGUCACCGCUUGCCUACCACACUCCGCAGCAGCGCCGCCGCAAGCCAUCCUCACUCAGCGGCGGCAGCAACAGCGGCAGCCGCAGCAACCUGCUUGGUGGCGCCGGACCUGCCUUCUCGACGGCGACGCUCAUGUCUGCGCCGCACCAUCCCCAGCACCCUCAGUUCCGCCAGCGCUCCUCGUCCAACACGGUCGUCGCGGGCGUCGGCGCCUUCCCCAGCGUCAGCGGCGGCGGCGACCUGCCACGCGGUUUCAGCCCCGUUCCCGGUGGUGCCUCAGCCACUCCCAAGAGCAGCAGCCCGACUGCCACCACGCCGACAACGACGACGACGACCUCGGGCUCGACAACCCCGCCGCUGCUGGUCGAGUUUGACGAUGACAGCAAGCAGCCUCGCCGCGACUCGAUCGACUCGUCAAUGUCGCUGAACUCUGACCCACUCAACGACCCGCUGUCUUCCGACAACAACAAGAAGGGCCGGAACGGCAACGGCAGCAAGCGCGGGAGUCGCUCGGGGAGCCCGCGCCCACCGCUCGAGCGCCGCAACUCCAUCCAGUCGCUCGACUCGACCAACGGCGCCGCCCCGCCAGACCCCUUCUCUGGCGGCACUGGCGCCUCCAGCAACGAAGGCGACGGCAGCGCGUCCCAAGACGAGCAUGAAAUUCGAACCAUCAAGGGAUACCAACGAUGGAUGCUGGGCCUCGUCUUGUACUACUUUGCCGGGUUUGCCACCGUCGGCAUCACCACCCUCUUCUUCCGCUGGUACCCAGUCCUCCGACUCAAGCUCACGCACCGUCGUUGCAAGUACUUUGACCAAGCAGACAGUGUUCUGGUUGACAACAUUGAAAAUGGCUGGUCGGUGGAAGAAAUGCUCAGCAUCGACCUCGACCAGGCAAUCAUGACCGAUCUCAUGUCCGCUUCGACCCCUCACCGGCAGGAUGAUUUGCACUCGCUGGAUUCGUACCACGACAGCGAGCCCAUCCUGAUGUCUCGUCGCAACGACUCUGUUAAGCCUCCCGUCUCUCUCAAGUACUUUUCUCAUCGCAUGGUUCGCUACGUUCUGGACAAGCAGAGCGGCGAGUUCAACCGCAUGAGCGGUCUCUCGUCAGACGACUUUGAAACCCUCCCCGAGCACGUCACUAGGGGUUUGGAUGCCUCCACCCACGCCCGCCGCAUUGCCAUUUUUGGUCCCAACCAAAUUGACGUGCAAGUCAAAUCCUACGUUCGCCUUCUCUUUGAGGAAGUUCUCAAUCCUUUCUACAUUUUCCAACUGUUCAGCGUUCUCGUGUGGAUUGGCAUUGCCUACUAUUACUAUGCAGCCUGCAUCAUUGUCGUCUCGGGCGUGUCGAUCGCUAUAUCGCUGGUCGAAACGAAAACUAACCAACGCAAUCUCCGCAACAUGGCGCUCUUCCACGAAAAGCUCACAGUCGUUCGCAACGGCUCGACUUUCGAAGUUCCGUCGGACGAUCUUGCGCCUGGCGACCUGCUGGUCAUUCCUGCCGAGGGCCUCGUCCUGUCUUGCGACGCCGUCCUCCUGAGUGGCAAGUGCAUUGUCAACGAGAGCAUGCUCACGGGCGAGAGUGUCCCUGUGACCAAAUCCCCCCUGCCUCUGCAAGACGAGGAGCUGCGCCCUCCCAAGUACAACCCUGACGGCGACAAGAAGCACACCCUGUACUGCGGCACCCGCGUCAUUCAAACGCGCCAGCCCGCUGGGUCGCGCGUUCUUGCCAUGGUUGUUCGCACCGGCUUUUACACGGCCAAGGGCUUCCUCAUCCGCUCCAUUCUGUAUCCCAAGCCCAGCAAGUUCCGCUUCUACAGCGAGGCCAUGCGCUUUGUUCUGUUCCUCUUCUUGCUCGCCAUGGCUGGAUUCGCCUACUCGCUUGUCGUCUUUGUCAACCGCCAUAUCGGCCCAGCUGACGCCAUUCUCAAGGCGUUGGAUCUCAUCACUGUCGUUGUCCCGCCCGCGUUGCCGGCCGCCAUGACCAUUGGCACGGUGUUUGCGAUUGCGCGUCUCAAAAAGGGGUUGGUGUACUGUAUCUCCCCUCCCCGUGUCAACGUUUGCGGCAAGAUCAAGAUGAUGUGCUUUGACAAGACUGGAACUCUGACGGAAGACGGCCUUGAUGUCUGGGGCUUUGUCCCCAUCACGAGCGAAAAAACACACGACCCGGUGCCAGACCUCUCCACCCUUCCACUUGACCGCGGACUGUACGCUCUCGCCACUUGUCACUCCCUCACGACCGUCAACAACGAGAUGAUUGGCGACCCUGUUGAUCUCAAGAUGUUUUUGGCCACCAAAUGGCUUCUGGAAGAACCCGGCGAAGAAACGGAACGCUACGACAGCAUGAUGCCGACCCUUGUGCGCCCCGCAGGCACUGUCUCGUCCACCAUGAAGCCGACUGCUGACAACUAUCUGUCCUCCUCUCCCCACGAGAUUGGUAUUGUCCGUCAGUUCCACUUCUCGUCGCACCUGCAGCGCAUGUCGGUCAUUGUCAACCACCUCGAGCAGCGAGAGAUGGCCGUGUACGUCAAGGGCUCCCCCGAGAUGCUUCGCGAGCUGUGCAACCCUGCCUCCAUCCCCGCCGACUACAACGAGAAACUCAGCGCCUACACUCACCAAGGCUACCGCGUGCUUGCGAUCGGCUACCGUUCGUUGCCCAAGUACAACUGGCUCAAGGCUCAGCGCGUGACGCGUGAGGAGGUCGAGUCCGACCUGACCAUGCUGGGUCUCCUCAUCAUGCAAAACCGUCUCAAGCCCGAAACCACGCCCGUCAUUGACCAGCUGCUCGACGCGAACAUUCGGUGCGCCAUGGUCACUGGCGACAACCCCCUGACCGCCGUCAGCGUUGCCCGCGAGUGCCAUCUCAUCAACAACGACAGCAUCGUCUUCCUCGGCGACCUGAGCCAGGGCCGCGUGUUCUGGUCCCACCUCGACGAUCCCACCUGGCAGCUGGACCCUGCGACGCUUGUCCCGUUCCGAACGGUUGAUCCGUUCGCCGAGUCUCAGACCAGCAGCCACGGCGCGCGUGUCGCCUCGCCUUUCGAAAUGAACUUCACUCCCCGCAGCAAGGUCAACGCAAGCAGCUACGCCCGCAUGACCGACGAGGCCGGCAAGGCCACCUGCCCUCCGUACACGCUGGCCAUCACCGGCAAAGCCUUUGAAGUGCUCAAGAAGAACUACUCUGACAACUUUUUGCGGCUGCUCGUUCGUGGCGUUGUCUUUGCGCGCAUGUCCCCCGAGCACAAGACCCAGCUGGUCGAAUCGCUCCAGGACAUUGGUUACGUUGUCGGAUUUUGCGGCGACGGCGCCAACGACUGCGGCGCCCUCAAGGCCGGCCACAUUGGCGUCUCCUUGUCUGAGGCUGAGGCCUCUGUCGCGGCUCCCUUCACCUAUCGCCGCCAAACGAUCGAGUGCAUUCCGUUUGUCAUCCGCGAAGGCCGUGGCGCCCUCAUGACCUCGUUUAGCAUGUUCAAGUUCAUGGCUCUCUACAGUUUCAUCCAGUUCACCACCGUGUUGAUCUUGCGCUACAUUGGUUCCAACCUCGGCGAUCAGCAAUACCUGUACUUUGACUUGUUUAUGAUUCUCAUUCUCGCUGUCGUGAUGGGUCGCACCGGCCCCGCGGAAAAGCUUGGCGUCUUGCGACCACCUGGCUCGCUGAUUUCGCCCACCAUCAUGUCGUCGCUGUGUUUGCACAUCAUCCUUGUCGUCGUGGUCCAGGCAAGCGCCUACAUUUGGCUCCAGCACCAGUCCUGGUUUGUGCCUGUCGUUGUUCCGAACAAUGUCGCCAACGAGGUCGACUGCACUGAAAACACGUUGCUCUUCUACAUUUCAGCCUUCCAAUACUUGAUCACGGCCGUUGUCUUUUCGAUCGGCGCGCCAUUCCGCAAGUCCAUGUUUACCAACUACUGGUUCAUGGCCGCCUUGUCCAUGAUUCUCUUUGUGACCCUGUAUCUCACCAUCAACCCGCCGAGCUGGGCUGCGUCCGACAGCUUCCUCCAGCUGCUCCCGCUGCCUACCUCGGCUCGCGUCGCGGUUGCUGUUUUUGACUCUGCGCACUUGGUAAUAGCCUACGCCCUCGAGCUCUUCCUUGCCACGGUUGCUGCCAAGCGCGUCUUCCGUGUGAUUCUCCGCAAGAAGCGCCACAGGAACCGCUACAAGCACAUUGCCAAGCACAUGAUGGACGACUACACUGCCGCAGCCGCAGCUCAUGGCGCGGUGCGUUCCGAGUCCCGUUUGUGAAUGGGGUCGUUUUUCUUCUUUCCUCGCUCUUUUUGCUUCCACUUCCUGACCUUCUCUCUCUCUCUCUCUCUUCUUUCUCUCCUGCUUCUCCUCUGUCUCCCAAGCAUCUCCCCUUCUCAGUGUUCUACUACUAGUGCCUUGUGCUGGUUGAGUGGUCUUUCAUUCAUUGUCAGACUCGUUUUUGUUUCUCAACCUUUGGUUGUUGUUGUUUUUUGUUUUUGUUUUUCGAUUUGUGAACAAAUGCAUUUAUUUCGAC